GCUAACAAAGGUUGUACUUUCUUCACAAGAAAAUUAAAUAUUUGUUUUGAAGACAGAGAAAUAACACGCUAAUUAAUGCUUACAGUUACCUGUUUUAAAAAGUCCUCUCACUCUCACAAGACUGCCCUACAUUUGGCCUGUGCCACUGGCCAACUGAAAGUCAUAUCUCUCCUGGUGUCCAGAAGAUGUGAGCUUAAACUCUAUGACCGUGAAUGCAGGACACCUCUGAUCAAGGCAGUACAACUGAGGCAGGAGGCUUGUGCAGCUAUUCUACUGAAAAAUCGUGCUGAUCCAAAUAUUAUGGAUUUCUAUGGAAGGACUGCUGUACACUAUGCUGUGUAUAAUGAAGAUACAUCCAUGAUAGAAAAACUUCUUUUUUAUGGUACAGAUAUUGAAGAAUGCAGCAAGGAUGAAUAUCAACCACUUUUACUUGCUGUGAGUCGAGCAAAAGUGAACAUGGUGGAAUUUUUAUUAAAGAAAAAUGCAAAUGUAAAUGCAGUUGAUUUUCUUAACAGAUCCCUCAUACUUGCUGUUACCCUUGGAGAAAAAGAUAUAGUCAUUCUUCUUCUGCAGCACAAUAUUGAUGUGUUUUCUCGAGAUGCAUAUGGAAAGACUGCAGAAGAUUAUGCGAUCGAGACUCAGAAUAAAGUAACAUUUUCAAAAUAAUUUCUGAAUACAAAAGAGGAAAGAAGUCUGAAGAGCUUUCUGUAAAUAGCAAUCCAG